CAAAGUCCUUCUCUGACUUGAGCCCAGGCAAGCUAAGCGGUAGCUGGUACCUUGGUUUUCUGCUGGGUAAACUACCAGUAGCCCCAGCCAUGCAGGGAGACCGGGGGCUGCUAUUGCUGUUGUUGGGCCUCAAGAUACACCUGUCCUUUGGUGUCAUCCCAGCGGAGGAGGAGAACCCAGCCUUCUGGAACCAAAAGGCAGCCCAGGCCCUGGAUGUUGCCAAGAAGCUGCAGCCCAUUCAGACAUCAGCCAAGAACCUCAUCAUCUUCCUGGGGGAUGGGAUGGGGGUGCCCACAGUGACAGCCACCAGGAUCCUAAAGGGACAAAGGCAAGGCCACCUAGGACCUGAGACACCCCUGGCCAUGGACAGCUUCCCAUACAUGGCUCUGUCCAAGACAUACAACGUGGAUAGACAGGUCCCAGACAGUGCAGGCACAGCCACCGCCUAUCUCUGCGGGGUCAAGGCCAACUACCAGACCAUUGGCGUGAGUGCAGCAGCCCGCGUUGACCAGUGCAACACCACGUUUGGCAAUGAGGUCAUCUCAGUGAUGUAUCGUGCCAAGCAAGCAGGAAAGUCUGUGGGAGUGGUGACCACCACCAGGGUGCAGCACGCCUCUCCAGCUGGCACCUACGCACACACGGUCAACCGUAAUUGGUACUCGGAUGCAGAGAUGCCUGCUCAAGCUCUGCAGGAGGGCUGCAAGGACAUUGCCACACAACUCAUUUCCAACAUGGACAUUGAUGUGAUUCUCGGUGGAGGCCGCAAGUUCAUGUUUCCCAAAGGGACGAAAGACCCUGAGUACCCAAAUGAUGCUGCUCAAUCUGGAACCAGGCUGGAUGGACAGGACCUCGUGCAGGAGUGGCUGGCAAAGCACCAGAGUGCCCGGUAUGUUUGGAACCGCACAGAGCUCCUUCAGGCCUCCCAGGACUCCACAGUGACUCACCUCAUGGGCCUCUUUGAGCCGGCAGAAAUGAAAUAUGACAUCAACCGAGACCCCUCUCUAGACCCGUCCCUCCAGGAGAUGACAGAGGUGGCCAUUCGCAUGCUGAGCAGGAACCCCCAAGGCUUCUACCUCUUUGUUGAAGGGGGUCGUAUUGAUCAAGGCCACCAUGCGGGCACAGCGUACCUGGCAUUGACUGAGGCUGUCAUGUUCGACUCUGCCAUUGAAAGUGCCAGCCAGCUCACCAGCGAGCAGGACACGCUGAUACUUAUCACUGCUGACCACUCCCAUGUCUUUGCUUUUGGAGGCUACACACUUCGGGGGACCUCCAUCUUUGGUCUGGCCCCACAAAAUGCUCAAGAUGGCAAAACCUACACCUCCAUUCUCUAUGGCAACGGCCCGGGCUAUGCACUUGGUUCAGGGAACCGUCCCAAUGUCACCAGUACUGAGAGUGGUAACUCCACAUACCGGCAGCAGGCAGCUGUACCCCUGUCAUCAGAGACCCACGGAGGAGAGGAUGUGGCCAUAUUCGCACGUGGCCCUCAGGCACACCUGGUGCACGGAGUGCAGGAGCAGAACUACAUCGCCCAUGUCAUGGCCUUUGCAGCCUGCCUGGAACCCUACACCGACUGUGGCCUGGCGCCCCCUGAGGAUGACAGCAGUACAACAGCCCCGAGCCAGACCUCCACCCCUGUCCAGGGCAGUGCGGGGAGUCUAGGCCCAGCCACCACCCUGCUGACCCUGACGCUGCUGCUGCUACUGGGGGCUGCUGCAGAGUCCUAAACUCCAGCUCCUCCAGGUGCCACUGGCCAGGUCCCAGGCCCUCACCCAGAGCUUCUUUUACCCUGACCUCUCACUAACUUCUCAUGGUCACAUCCCACAACUGCACCCUACCCAGUGCUCCCUGCAUUCUGGCUGUGGGCCCUAACCUAGGACCCUCUCUGCUAGUGGCCUCAACCCCUAUCCCAGUCUAGAGUGACUGCUUACAGGACACCUACCCAAGCAUUCACAAGGGGACAAUCACCUCUAAACUAGCAGUCAGCAUCAGACCCCGCAGAGACUGGGAGACACCGUGACAGCAUGGCCCUGAUCCUCCUGGGGCACCUCAGUCACCAGCUGCUAGCAAAGGAGUGGACUCCAGCAAUAAUUUGUGGAAGACCAAACAUGCACCCGCCCAUCGGUGCGCCCAUCAAUCUGCAUUCCCACAGACUGAGGUACCCAGGACUAGGGCCGAGAGACCGCAGGGAGAGGCAUGGCAUCCCACCACUCCCUGGUCCAUUCUGCUGGUGAGACGCUGCUGUGCUGCCGUCCCCAGCCUCCUUGGGUCAGCUCCACACUCAGAACCCUUCCAACCCAAUCCACAGAGAGAAGAUUCUGGGACCACUCAGCCCUCCCAUGCCUAUUACCCAGCUAGGAAACUCAAGGAGCUGCACCCCAGCCACUCCUAGGUCAUCUCAGUCUGAACCUCAAUUGCUGAACUAAGGAAACCCCCUACCUUCUAAAGUCUGUGUUCUCCCGAGAGAGGCAAACCAAUAAUAAAGUGUUAUGCAAUGCAA